ACCUACCUGAACCAAGGUCAGUCCUACGAGAUCCGGAUGUUGGACAACAGGAAACUCGGGGAGCUGCCGGAGAUCAACGGGAAGCUGGUCAAGAGCAUUUUCCGGGUGGUUUUCCACGACCGGCGCCUCCAGUACACGGAGCACCAGCAGCUCGAGGGCUGGAGGUGGAACCGCCCCGGGGACAGGAUCCUCGACAUCGACAUCCCGAUGUCCGUGGGCAUCAUCGACCCCCGCGCCAACCCCACCCAGCUCAACACCGUGGAGUUCCUGUGGGACCCCGCCAAGAGGACAUCGGUCUUCAUACAGGUGCACUGCAUCAGCACGGAGUUCACGCUGCGCAAGCACGGGGGCGAGAAGGGGGUCCCGUUCCGGGUGCAGAUCGACACCUUCCGGCAGGGCGACGGCGGCGACUACAGCGAGCACCUGCACUCGGCCAGCUGCCAGAUCAAGGUCUUCAAG